AUGUACAUUGCACAAUCCACUCUUGCGUCUCCGUCUUCCAUCUGGAUGUUUCUUCACUGGCUCAACAUCACAGUCAGUACUGUAUCAGAUCUGCUAUGGCAUCUGGGCUUGUCCCCGCCUCCUCCAACGUUUAUAGAUGGUCUUCCAGAGCAAAAGCCUGAAUCUCUUCCGUCUCCUCCUCAGCCUAUUACCUUUGGAUGCUCUACCCCGCCCCUAUAUGCACUGGUUAUUGGCAUCGACAAAUACUUUUCGAAUGGGGUCCGAGAUCUGAAGGGUGCAGUUGCCGAUGCUGACGCAAGACUCCUCGUUCCAAAAGACCAAAUCAAGAAUCUUCGCAACGAGGAUGCCACGAGAGUUACUAUCGAGACAGAGAUUAAGAGGCUUGGGGACAAUGCAGCAAUCAAAAAGGACGACCCGAUUCUCAUCUACUAUGCAGGGCACGGAGCCGAAGCGGAUGCGCCGUCUGGAUGGCCCAGCACCAGCAAGAAAAUACAAAUGCUUGUUUCACACGACUUUGAUCCUAGCGAGUCGAGUGACUCCAAGCGAGGUCAAGGAGUACUAGAUGUGAGGCUCUCUCAUCUUCUUGCAGACCUCGCUGCGAAAAAAUCUGACAACAUCACCGUCAUUUUUGAUUGUUGUCACUCUGGCUCGGGCACGCGAAUGGAAGGCAAUGAUCCUACUUUUGCCGUUCGCGGGACCGAUCUCUCUAAGACUUAUACAGUUGAUCAAGACCUCUUGCAUGACAUUGAGCCGGAUGCUCGGGCGGGUGUCGUUGCAAAGGGAUUCGAGAAGUCCGGUCUGUCGUCACAUAUGCUCCUUUCAGCAUGUAAAGCGGGACAGGCAGCCAUGGAGAAACUCGGACGUGGCGCCUUUACUUCAGCGUUGUUGAUCUUGUUACAGGACAACGGCGUCGACAAGCUUACAUACAAGGAUGUAAUAACCAAUCUGCCUGAUCUUCCCGCGCAAGAUCCACAGUGCAAAGGAGUCCACCAAAACCGAUAUCUUUUCAAUUCCAAAGUAACCAACCCACAAUGUGAAUUAUACCCCAUCCGUGCCUCUGGCAUGCCGGGACGGUACACUUUGGAAGCUGGCGAGGCCCAUGGGAUCACAAGCAAGGCCGAGUUCGUUGUCUUCGCUGAUAGAAACGUGGUAUCUGUGCUUGGAACUGUCGUUGCUUCAACCACCACCGCUUUUACCACCACGUGCGAUUUCGCUCCGCGCGGCGAUGAAACACCAUUCUCCCUUGCUAGUAUUGGAUAUGCCUUGCAGACUGGAGUCGGCGAGGGACAGGAUAUUUGCCUUUUCAUCGAGCCUGAUAUAAAAUUACUCGGUGUCUUUAAGCAGAUAGCCGACGAGAUGCAAAGCAUCGAAGCAGCAAAGAGGCGAUUCCGUUUGGUGGAGAAGCGCAGCGAUAAGCCGGAUCUGGUCAUUGGCGCGGAUGGUGAUGUUGUCCAUUUCGAGAUCAUGGAUGAGCGCUGUCGACAACAUGAGCUAACACGCAUGCCAUUCAAAGUCAAAAUCGAUGAUUCAGACACUAUCCACCGCAUUCUUCAGUGUUCCGCUGAUUUUUACUGGCACCUUCAUUGUUCUACUAGCCAAGGGGCCCCCCUGGCCAGCAACGUCACGCUCGAGUGUAUGAAGCUUAAAGAGACCGGGAAGUUCACAGAUGACUUACAAGAGAUUUUGGAACCCGAUGGCGAUAAUCUGAACAUUGAAGGUGUGAUUUCCGUCAAUGUCGAUGAGGACGCAAUGUAUGGAUUCAAGAUAACCAAUACGAUGUCGGUACCUCUUUAUGUUUCGAUGUUCUAUUUUGAUGUCAGUGAUUUGAGCAUCGAUUCGUACUAUCAGCCGGGAAGUGCAAAAGAUGGCGCCGUUGAUGUUUCUCUUCCUGCCAGAGAGUUGUUGACCAUCGGGUACGGCGCGAGUGGGACUGUGCCGCAUAUGUACGCACUAAGGGAGGGACAAGAUGUUGAUGUUGGCUUCUUGAAGCUCUUCUUUUCGACGGAGAAUAUAGACUUGUCGGGUAUCAUCCAAAAGUCGCCUUUCGUCGGCGACCGCGAGAGCAAGUCAAAACCGAUGAAAAGGAAACCUAUAUGGGACUCGAUAUGUGUCACACUUGUUCAGCGGGCAGGUUCAGCUACUGGGCCGUGAAGAUGAAACGUGGCGUUCAUAUCGGUAAGUAAUUUCCUUUGGAUUCGAUACCUUCAGCGGCUGCCUUGUCAUUGUUUCCCUUCCACUCUGCAGUCUAUUCGUGAUACACGAUGUGUAGUCAUACCAUCAUACGAGAAAGCAGUUCACGUUCUUAGUUUCGUAUACAGCGUUCCAUAAAAAAUGACCACCAUAUUCCUUCGGCUUCUUCAUCUUUUAGGUGCAUGGUGUAGAAUUCAGAGCGUAGGAAAGAUAUCUGAUCAAUG